GCCGGACCGCAUCCCCGUUCGCGUGAACACCUCCGAGUCCCUGGCCUAAAACCCAAUACCUCCCUUCUCUCACCGGCGGCGUCUACUUUCCCUUCUCCUCUUCUUCCAUGGCCGUCUCCGCCGCUCUCAGAAACCCUAAUUCCAGGCGCCUCCUCGGCUUAUCCUCCGCCUCCCCUCCGUACUACUCAUGCUUCCGCGGGGCGAUCUUGGGUCCUUUGUCCUUCCGGGAGCCGCACUCCUCGCUGGGCUCCAAUGGGGCGAGCCGUCUGGACACGGAGCUCUGGCCGAGGAGGUCCAUGGCCACCUUCACUCGAACGAAACCUCAUGUAAAUGUGGGCACUAUAGGGCAUGUUGACCAUGGAAAAACUACAUUGACAGCAGCUAUCACCAAGGUGUUAGCUGAAGAGGGAAAAGCUAAGGCUGUUGCUUUUGAUGAGAUUGACAAAGCCCCGGAGGAGAAAGCUAGAGGGAUUACCAUUGCAACGGCCCAUGUGGAGUAUGAGACUGCUAAGAGGCACUAUGCCCAUGUUGAUUGCCCAGGACAUGCAGACUAUGUUAAAAACAUGAUCACUGGAGCUGCGCAAAUGGAUGGUGGUAUUCUUGUUGUAUCUGCUCCAGAUGGACCAAUGCCACAAACAAAGGAACAUAUUCUGCUAGCUCGCCAGGUGGGUGUGCCAUCGCUUGUAUGCUUUCUCAACAAGGUUGAUGCUGUUGAUGAUCCAGAAUUGUUAGAACUUGUUGAAAUGGAACUCCGAGAGCUGCUUAACUUUUACAAGUUCCCUGGGGAUGAAAUUCCAAUCAUUCGGGGCUCCGCUUUGUCAGCUUUACAGGGAAAUACUGAAGAAAUAGGAAAGAAUGCAAUUUUAAAAUUAAUGGAUGCAGUUGAUCAAUAUAUACCUGACCCCAUACGCCAGCUUGAGAAGCCUUUCCUUAUGCCAAUUGAAGAUGUCUUCUCAAUACAGGGACGAGGCACUGUUGUAACUGGCCGUGUUGAACAAGGUACAAUUAAAACUGGAGAAGAUGUUGAGAUUCUAGGGUUGACGCAGGGUGGACCACUGAAGACUACCGUUACUGGUGUUGAGAUGUUCAAGAAGAUCUUGGACCGUGGACAGGCUGGUGACAAUGUUGGCCUCUUACUACGUGGUUUGAAACGUGGAGAUGUGCAACGAGGGCAGGUAAUUUGCAAGCCUGGUUCUGUAAAGACAUAUAAGAAGUUUGAAGCGGAGAUAUAUGUGCUAACAAAGGAUGAAGGUGGUCGCCACACUGCCUUUUUUUCAAACUACAGCCCUCAAUUCUACAUGAGAACUGCUGAUGUCACUGGGAAGGUAGAACUCCCAGAAAAUGUAAAGAUGGUGAUGCCUGGUGAUAACGUGACUGCAACAUUUGAAUUGAUAUCACCUGUUCCACUUGAACCAGGACAAAGAUUUGCUUUGCGGGAAGGGGGAAGGACUGUUGGUGCAGGAGUUGUUUCUAAAGUGAUCAGCUGAAUUUUCCUCCCAGCUCUAGUUAGUCUGCUGCUGCUUCGAAAAAAAAAAAGGUUUAUAGGAAUAGAACUGACACUUAAACAGUAACAUGCAGCAUGGCAAAUGAUUCUCUCGUUUGUUUUAUUUCCUUUUCCAGAGUAUUCAUUGAAAAGCCUUGGGGAAAUGAAAUAUAGCUAGCAGCUCAAAUUUUGUGGAAUCCCACAUAUUUAACAUGGUUUCUGAUACGUCUUUGCCUAAUUGUAUCAUAAUGAUCACCUUCAUGCUCAAUGAUGUUCCCAGAAGCUGCCUUCAUUGAAAUUUGAAA